CUUUGCCGUUUCUCAGAAGCUGAGGCUGCUGGGAGGUCUAAAUGGUGGAGUUGUGUCUGGGGUUAACCCUGGACUGGUGUUGGGGGGCCUGAACCCUGGCCUCACUGGUGGCACUGGGUUGAUUGGGCAGCCUAUGUUUGCCCAGAUGGUUCCAGGUGUCCCCACUUAUGUCAUGCAGCCCCAAGCUGUCCCCGCUGGUCCCUAUGGAUUCCCAAAUGUCGGAAUGCAGCAGCCUCAACCGUUCCCUAACUUCCCUGGGCAGUACCAGUAUCCUGGCCCACCAGCUAAUGGGCUGCCUUACUACAUGGGCGUCCCUCAAAUGACAGGAUUGAAUCCUCCACAACAGCAAGUCAUGGGAGUCCAAGGUGCAGGUGGGAUUCCCUUGAUGCAGCAGUCACAGCAGGGUCCUCCACAAGCAGAGCCAGUGAGAAGAUUCAAGCGCUUUCUGAUAAGGAGGGCGCACACCAUGAAACCUGAUUUGGACAUUCAGAUUUCAACUGAGACAACCACAACUCCAUCCCCAACUACUUGUUUAGACAAUAUUCAAGUUUAGAGUGGACAAAUUGGAUUGGAGCAAGGUGUCUGCUCUAGAACAUGGACACGGGAAUUUCACCAAAUUGUCCACAGCGCUUUAAGUUAAGAGCUUGCGGCCAUUAACCGAACGGUUCCUGGUUCGAAUUCCUGAGCCAACUUGGUGAAAAAGAAAAAAAAAAAAAAAAAAAAUCGGUCGAUGUGCCCUUGAGCAAGACACUUAACCCUAGUUUCUCCUGUUAAUCGCUCUGGAUAAGAGCAUCUGCUAAAUGACAACGUAUAAUGUCUUCUAACAUUGUAUACAUUCAGAUCUUAUGCCAGUUAGUUAAGAACAAGUUCUUAUUUACGAUGACGACUUAGGAACAGUGGGUUAAUUGCCUUGUUCAGGGGCAGAACGAUAGAUUUUUUUAACCUUAUCAGCUCAGGGAUUCGAUCUAGAAACCUUUCGGUUACUGGCCCAACACUCUAACCACUAGGCUACCUGCCUCUGUCCAUGUAUAUUUGUUCGAAUAUCAAUAAACAUGAUUAUUAGCCUUCAUAAAAGUUGUUUGCUUGUUUGGUUUGAAAUGGUUUUCCACCCCAUGAAAGGGGUUGAUUUUUGUCCCUUCCAUGUUUAUCAUGCAAAUGUAUGGCAUGUUGCCAGGAUUUCUAGAAUCUAAUUUUGGCCUAUAUUGUCAUCUAGUGGCAGAAUGAAAUGCAUAUUAUGAGCCCACUUUACUCCAUAAGAAGCACUUUCGAUGGAGAAUCUCCACUGAGUAUGCCUUCUAGUCCAGGACUAGGUUGAAUUUCUGUCCAGGAAACCAGACGUUUAAUCAUUUGUGAGGACCGGAGAAAGUGCAGAAACUGUUGGUGAAGAAGUACAUAGACAGGCUCCAAGUGACUCCAGGGCUCUAUGAAGAACAGACGCAGUGCCAUGAAAAAGUGACUAAGGGAGCAGUUGAA